AUGGAGCCCGGUCUUUUCUCCAAAGACACGUCCGAACAGAAAGUGGCAAUUGUUGGCUCGGAGUUGGUGGAAAACUACACGGUUUACAUUAUUGAAGUGACUGAUGGUCUGCACAGAUGGACCGUCAAACACAGAUACAGUGACUUUCACGAGCUCCAUGAGAAGCUAACAGCAGCAAGCAACGUGGACCGGCGACUGCUGCCCCCAAAGAAGAUUUUGGGUAAAAACUCAAAAAGUUUGGUGGAGCGUCGACAGAAGGAGCUGGAGCAGUAUCUUCAGACUCUGUUACUGCAGUUUCCUCAGGCCACACCUCCUGCACUUUCCUCCUUCCUACACCUGCAACUAUACGAGAUAAAUGGCAUUACAGCUGCAUUGGCUGAAGAACUCUUCCACAAAGGGGAGCAGUUACUUCAGGCUGGACAGGUGUUUUCACUGCACCCUCUACAGCUCUACUCAGUCACUCAGCAGCUGCGCCUGGCCAAGCCCACCUGCUUCACCGGAGACGCCAAAACAGACCUGGGACACAUCCUGGACUUCACCUGCCGACUUAAAUACCUCAAGAUCAGUGGCACCAAAGAACCUGUCGGCAGCAGCAACAUCCAAGAGAACAGCCUCCCGUUUGAUUUAUCCAUCUUCAAAUCUCUGCUGCAGAUUGAGAUCAGUGAGUGCAGUUCGCAGCAGAUCUCAGGUUUGUCGUCGCUGAGAAAAAGUUUGGCCACGAUGAGCGUGCACCAUUCCACUGACUCCAUGAGCUCGGUGCUGGUGCCGGAGGCCAGUGAGUUCCCCCAGUGGGAGCCAGAGGGCGCUGUUUCUGUGUGUCCUGUGACUGCGGUGAUCCCCGCUUGGAGAAGUCUGACCACUUUAGACCUGAGCCGCAAUGACAUCAGCGCCGUGGACUCCUCUGUGAAACUCAUCCCCAAAGUGGAGUUUUUGGAUCUGAGCCACAACCAGCUGUCGUCAGUUGAAAACCUGCAGCACCUGUACAGCCUGGUUCACGUGGACCUAUCGCACAACUCUCUCUGCUCUCUGGAUGCGGCACACACUCGACUGGGAAACAUCAAAACUCUGGGUCUGUCCGGAAACCAGCUCAGCAGCCUCCAGGGGCUCAGCAAACUCUACUCUUUAGUCAACCUGGACCUCAGCCUCAACCAGCUCGCACAGCUGGAGGAGAUCAGGAACAUCGGGUCGCUGCCUUGUCUGGAGAAACUCAACCUGACGGACAAUCCCAUGUGCAUCAUCCCAGAUUACAGGACCAAAGUGCUGGCUCAGUUUGGUGACAGAGUGACAGAGGUUUGUUUGGAUGGAAAACCUACCACAGAGAAGGAGUUGGACACAGUCGAGGUGCUAAAAGCCAUUCAGAAAGCCAAAGAAAUGAAAGACCGCAAGAACAACCCGAGCAGCACAGAGAAAAAGCUGCCAGCCCUCCCCAGCCAAGCGGUAACGAGCAGCAGAGAGGAAACAGCGGUAGCUCCCAGUGUUCUAUACAAAAUGGACGUCACGCCUUCAUCGAACAAAUCCCAAGUCCCUCACCCCAGCUCUGCUCCUGUGGACCAGAGCCAAACACACAUGGAACACUGUGGAGCUCCCCCUGCUCCUGUCUGCUGCAUCUGCUCUCCCCCCACCCCCCACACACAGCCCUCCUGCUUCUUCUGCAGCGCCCCCUACUGUCCACUACUGCCCUCUCAGUUCGUCGCUCUCGGCACAAAUAAAGACUUCAUUUCUCAGCUUUCCUUGCUCCUCACCGCUGCUCUGAGUGAGGACGCUGGAGAGAAGGAGGCAACGCUACAGGGGGAAGAGGAGGAGCCAAAUGAUCAACCUGAAAAAACUGAGCUGAACGACAUAAGUCCAGGCUCAAGGGAUGGAUAUUUCGAGAUGGGAUUGGACGACUCAUUAGAAGAAUCGACUUCCACCUCACUUCCCGUUCAUGGCCCUUCUCUCCCAGUGGCAGAGGAAAAGGAGAUCCAGCAGGAGGAGGUCCGACACGAAGAGGUCCAGUGUGAGGGGGCGGAGGUCUGUAAAACUGCCUGGUGCAUCUGCCUUCAGCAGAGGAGUGAGGACGAGACUUGCAUGAACACGACCUGUUUGGUGCUGACAGAUCGGGUUCUUGGACUGCUCUUCCUGUCACAUGACUUCAGUCCCACCAAUCAGGAUGCAGACCCGAGUGUCUCUCUGCCACAGCUGAUCUCUUCUCUCCAAAAGCCUCUCCUUCUCCCCCUCUCGGACCUGCAGCUCUGCUCAGACCAGCACCAGAACUGCCUCUGCCUUCGAUCCAAGUCCUCCAACACUCAGUGGCUCUUUUUUUCUGACCACAAUGAGCUUCGACUAAUCAGGCACGAGUUGAUAAAACUCCUUCAGAUGGACCUGGAGAGCCUCGAGGAGCCCAGUCCUGGUCUGCCCUCAUCCCUGUUGAACUCAUGGGAGCAUGAAGAGUCUCGUUCAGUUGACGGAGGUUUUACAGCUCUGCUCUUCCUCUCCUCCUCCUCAUCCUCCUCUUCAGAGUCGCUGCAUCCACUGCUCCAGAACGUGCUGAGUCCAGCCCCUCACCUGCCCUGCCUGCUCUUCCUCUCUCACCGACAGCUCUAUGUCUGGGUCCUGGAUUACAGAGACCGGACUGAACCAGGUCUGCAGCAGUCCUCGUCUCGUCUUGUUCGGUUUCCGCUCGGUUCAGUCGUGGUUCACAGUCGAGAAGAGAACUGCUGCUGUGACAGUCCACAUCACAAACUAAGCUGGAAUCACAGUGUGGAGCUUCUGCUGUGUGGACACCGGCUGCUGCUGCUCUUCCCUCUGCCUCAGGAUGGGGCUUCGUUCCUGGGGAAGCUCAGGCUCCAGCGGGCCUCUCUCGAAGGCGUUUGGGUGGUCGCUCUACCACAGACAAAAGCUCUCAUAAACCACCAGGGCGGUCCAAGUUCUGGAGAGCAGUGCUGUUGUUCCCAUAAGGCUCACAGUGACAGUUUGUCGUCACUUUCUACUUCGCUGGAAGAGAUGCAGCCCUCCCCCCACCUCACACCCGGUCUCACCCCAGGCCUGAAGCUCCUCUCUGGGUUGAACGCUCAGCAGCUGCAGCCUGUCUUCCACAAACACAUUGCUCUGAGCGGCGGAGAGGAGCUGAGGCAGGUCCUGUGGCUCUCUGUGGUUCUCUACAAAUCUCCUGAGGUUGAACUCACCUGUUUGCUGCUGCUCUCUGCAAACGCCAUCUACUUCCUAUUAGAAGACUCCGCCUCCUCGCUUGGCCCGCCCCCAGACCUGGAUGUGCUGGAGUGCGGAGAUUCCUCCGUGUGCUUGUGCUGCUGCCUCUCGGUCCCUCUGUCUCAAAUUCAGUCUGUAAACGUGGGGUUGUUCGACCAGUACUUCAGGAUCCAAGGGGGCAGUGGGGACCAGGUGGUGUGUUGCUUAAGCAGAGACUCUUACGCCACGGGGCAGUUUCUACAGGAGUUAAUGUCGGUCCUCAGUCUCCAGCAGAGGGCGCCACCUCCAGAACCCUCUGAACAAGACUUUUACUCUGAGUUCAACUCCUCAGGAAAGAUGCGGAACUACGAGCUGGUCCACAGCCGAGUGAAGUUCAUCUAUCCCAGUGAAGAGGAGAUGGGAGACCUGACUUUUAUUGUGGCAGAGAGAAAGAACGGCUGUGCAUCUUCCUCACGCAGCUUUAACAUCCUCCUCUACCUCCUCGUGUUCCAGGUGAUACAUCAGAGCUCCACCCCCUCUGGUUCUGGCCCCGCCCCCGCCCCCGCCCCCUGCAGCUCGGGUCCGGUGUUGCAGCCACGGACUCUGAUCCUCACCAGCACAGACGUGUUUCUGCUGGACGAGGACUACGUCAGUUACCCUCUGCCCGACUUCGCCAAAGAGCCCCCAUCGAGGGAGCGCUACCAUCUGCGCGAGGCCCGGCGGAUCCGUGACCUGGACCGCGUUCUGCUGGGAUAUCAGACUUACCCACAAGCUCUGACGCUGGUCUUCGACGAGCUGCCGGGUCCGGACCUGCUGUGCCCGCUGUCACUGGACCAUUUCUCGGCUCAGGUCACGCCCGCUGAACACGAUACACCUGCUCCCGGGGGCGGGGCCAGGAGUCCAGGAGGCGGGGCUUACUCUGGAGAGGUGCAGUGGUGCGUGUUUGUCCCGUCUGCAGACAGCAGAGAGAGGCUGAUCUCGCUGUUGGCGCGGCAGUGGGAGAUGCUGUGCAGUAGGGAGCUUCCCGUGGAACUGACUGGAUGA